AUGUCAACUUCAUUGAACUCAUUCCUCGAAUAAAACAACGUAUUCUUACAAGCAGAAACAAAAUUCAACGACCUUCUUAAUAGCUUUGAUGCAUAAGGUCAACCAGGCGAUAUUAUUGCAUUUGUCGCUUCUUCCUUCAUUUAAACAGUUGCCUCAACAGCUGGAUCAAUCUUCGAGCUUGUCUUCAGAUCUCAAGCUGUUGGUGGAGCUAUCCUUGGCCUUGCAUACAGUGCUUACACAAUGACUAAAGCACUCAACCCAGAUUUGAUUGACAUGGAAAAUGCUAUUACCCAGUCAUUCGAUUCAAUCUCAAGCAGAGUUUACAAUGAAAUCGUUUGGAUUCUUACCCCAUUCAUUUACUAUACACUCUAUAAUUCACUAUUCUUGACUGGUGCACAAGCUUAAUCAUACAUUGGAUCAACCACUCAACUUAUGAGAUCUCUUCCACUCCAAGGCCUCCUCUGUGUUUUCUACUACUAUUUCUACAAGUCCACCAAGAACUUUGGAAGUCUCGGUUAGUAGGUUGAUAACAUCAUUUUAACCCUUAUGUUCACCGGCGUACCUCUCGGAAGUCUCUACGGUUACUUAAAGUUCCUCUAAUGA